AUGGGGCAGCCUGUUCUUCAAGACCAAUACCUGGCCGCCAGAGCCUACUUUAUUUGUGUCAUCGGAAUGCUGUUCGUGGAGAGCGUGAUCCGUCUUCCAGCACGUAUCCGAGGCCUCAUUCAUCAUGACCAACCUUUCAUCAGAAACUCAACAGGGCACUCACGAGUAGUCGUCGUUCUACACAAACUCUUGACUCUUCCUUCUCCCGUCCCUCUCUUAACUUCGCACCAUCUUGCCAACUGGCUUCGAUUUGGCGUCCUUCUUGGGUUGAACGUCCUCUUCGGAGUAAACGACAACGAAUACACCACAGAUUUCAAGCUCUAUGGGUGGCUCACAAUCGCAAACGGAGGCCUAGCUUUGCUCAUGGCUGCCCGAACAAACCUUUUCUCCCUCGUCGCCCAGAUACCAUCGUCCGUUUUGCUGGUAUACCAUCGCUGGAUCGGCAUCGCGACAAUGGUCUACGCGACCAUCCACUUCGCGUUAAAUACGCAGCAUUACAUGGCCACCGACCAGCUGGCGACCUCGUUCUCCAACCUCCGCAUCCAAGUUGGCACCAUGGCUUGGGCAGCGUUGGUUGUUCUUGCCAUUGCAUCCGCUCCCAUUGUUCGCCGCCGGCUUUUUGAAGUCUUUUACUACACGCACGCAUUGUUCUUUGUCUUUGUUGUCGGUGCUUUGAUACAUGCGACCAAGGGACCCGAGUUUCUCCUCCCGGGCUUGUUGCUCUGGGGUUGCGAUCGCUUCCUACGCCUCUACUACAACUUCCGCUCCAUCAAUACGACUUCCGUACAGUAUCACCACGGAGACGUCACGAAGAUGAAGUUUGAAGGUAUGAAGCCUCAUCAUCCGGGCCAGAUCGCUUGGGUCCAGAUCCCGAGCGUGUCGUUCCUGAACUGGCAUCCGUUCACCAUCGCCUCUGCCCCCGGCGAUAAGGACGCAACCAUUGCUAUCAGAGGACUUGGCGGAUACACGCGUAAGGUCGGCGAUAUUGUGCAGAACGACAUAUUCGAAGGCGACGCAGCGCAAGCUGGAAUCCAAUCCAAAACUGGGAGACUGCGAAUGCGCCUGGACGGGCCGUACGGACUUGGUCGAAUCUUUUGGGGAGAACAACCGCUGACUGUGCUCGUUGCCGGUGGCAUCGGCAUCACGCCUGCCAUCAGCAUCGCCACCCACCUCGUCCGGCGUGCUGCAUUCUCCGAUAGCGCCGCGCUCAUGGGGAAAUCAUGGCACAUCCACAUUUUGUGGGUGGUGAAAAGUAUCGAAAGCACGGAAUGGUUUGCCGACGAAUUGAGGAGCUUGGCGACAGUGACCGCCGACCCAGCGGUGCCCGCGACAUUGGAUAUUUCAAUUCAUGUCACGGGAUCAGCUGGGGAGCUCCCGGCGCCAAGGGACAUCGAAAGCUACGCAAUGAGUGGACACUCGAAGCCGUAUGAUGGUCCUGGAGAAGUCAACAUGGGACGGCCAGAUGUUCUGGCUUGGUUUGAGGGCAUCAGAAGGAUGAAUCCGUGUCUUGAUGCCAUGGUCAGUGUGUGUGGGCCUACCAAAUUGAUUCACGAUGUACGGAGGGCGGCUUCGAAGGUAAGCUCUGCCAAGAGCACCUUCUACGUUGAGGAGGAAGUGUUUGAGUUCUAG